AUGGACGAACAUGGCUUCAGUACGCCCAACCGAUUAUGCGUGACGCCUCAACGAAAACGUCUCUGGACACCCGCAUCAAUUACCAACGCAUAUUCAGCAAAACGUCGAAGAAUCUCGACUUCUUUUGAAUUAGGAGACGAAGAUGUACUGGAAGUUGAAAACCCAGCUGCAUCCCACACGACUGAGGCUGAUCGCUUCAUCUCAGCACCCAACGAGCAUGGUGUUCCGCUCAACAUCACACCUCGUACACAACGCAUUGCACGUAUUUUCGGACUGAUUGGAGACAAACGUCUGAAGUUCUCAGAUUCGGGUUCACGGGCGUCGGGUAGCCAGGACAGCAUGACCAUGCACCGACUCCAAAUGUUAAAGGUGUUUGCACCGUCAUCCAGAACUUCCCCUCUUUCUGCUGCAUCGCAUCUUGCCACGCGGAACCGUACAUUUGUUCUGGCGCUUGACGGACCCGGCAUCCCUUCAGACCCAUUCGCAUUUCCACUCUCAUGGUCCAAGAAAAACGCGAUCGCGGUCGCAUGUGGGCGCGACCUCUACUAUCAACAUCUGGACACGCGCAUGAUCACGCAUUUAGGUACUCUCGAUCGAAGAAGCUACGGCAAACUUGCUUCGAUCGUCUGGUCGCAAGAGUCACCUGUCCUCCUGGCAGCGGGCACAAGCAUGGGAAUGGUGCAGAUAUGGGACUCGCCAGGACAGACGGUGAGGCGACAAUGGCGAUGUGAAGAGUUCAACGGCGUAGGUGGACUGGACUGGAAUGGAGACUUGCUUGCUGCGGGCACCGCCCAUGGCGACGUCUAUCUCUUUGAUACACGCAUGCAGGAUCCGGUCAGCAAGCUUACGAUGCACAAGGGCAAAGUGCACGGCGUGCGCUGGAGUCACGACAGAAAAUAUUUAGCCACGGGUGACCAACAUGGUGUGGUGCAAAUCUGGGAUGCGCGCGCAGGCGAGGUGCUCUCGGAUUCUCAUAGAAAAGGCGGCAAGUGGAGACACUACGCGCCCGUGAAGGCUCUAGCAUGGUGUCCGUGGAAGCCCGACCUGCUCGCAACAGGAUCGACCUACCCCGAUGGUAAGAUCCGCAUAUGGAGCGUAAAGAAUUCGCCCACGAUCUCUCCUCUCCACACCAUCCCGCUCAACACCUCUGUAACAUCGCUCAUCUGGUCCCCACACUGCCGAGAGCUGCUGAGCACGCAUGGCACAUCGUGGACAUACCGAUCUGCAUCUGCGUCUGCGCCCGCGCUGCCAGCAGGUGCGACGGUGCUGCCCACGGGUGUGGUCGCCACAAAGCUGCCAUGCACGAACUCGAUCACUGUGCACUCGUACCCGUCGAUGAAGCAUGUCGUCAGCGUGCAAGCGCAUCUGGCCGCGGUGGGGCACAGCUGUCUGAGCCCGGAUGGGACGAUGGUGUUCACGAUCUGUCCUGCGGAGGAGGCGAUGAAGAUGUGGAAAGUGUGGGGUAAACCGGAGAACGCCGUGAAGAAAGAGAGCGCAUUUGACAAAUGCAGCAUACGGUAG